CGUCACGCCGCACAGCUGUUUGGCUCUGCUGCAGAAUUGGUUUUGGCGUUGAAAAAAUAUGAAUUUCUUAAAAAAGCUGGCGCCGCAAAUGGUAGCGGUUGCGGAAGCCCAAACAUGCAGCAAAUCCGCCAUACACACCAGCGCAGUCUGUUGCCGCGUGCAGUCCGGCCGCUAUCGCAUAACGACAAAACGUAAUCGGCCUCUCACUUAUGAGAUGGCCAACCCGCCGCAUUAUAUUGGCCACCGCAAGUCCUGGAAUUCAUGGAACACAUCCACAAUAAAAGACGGAUUGCGACCAUCGCAAACUGCUAUCGAAGAUGUUUUCCUUCGCAAAUUCAUGACUGGUACCUGGCAUGCAAUGAUUUGCUCUGAGGUAAUCAUAAAGCGACAACACAACACGAUUCGUAUUGCAGCCAUCAUACGCCAAGCAAUUAGCGCGCGCAAGAUGUAUUUCCUUAUUGGCUACACGGAAGAGCUGCUUUCUUAUUGGAUGCAGUGCCCUGUAACGCUGGAGUUGCAGACGGUGGCCGACAAAAAGGAUGUAGUCUUCAAAUAUAUUUAGUUUUCCUUAAUAAAUGUUUACACAUGUAUACAGUA